AGCGUCACUCCGUUACUUUCUUUAUCAUUUUGCCGUUAACAACUGUUGCUAUUUGCUUUCUCUAAGAUGAGAGGCGCUAUUGGUGAAGAAAAGUUCAGAAACUUAGUGAGAGUAUUGUGAUUGAAUUGUUUCAAAAUAGAGAUGAGGAUAAUGAACAUCAAUGGUUCCCAAAGCCCAAAUCUUUCAUCAUCAAUAUUCUCUUUUCCGGAUCUCUUUCUUUGUUUAUUGUAUUUUCUAAGUGGUUCUUCAAAUUGAAUGAGAUUUGGGUCUUCCUGUUCCUCCUACUAACUGGGUCUCAAAGAGUUUUCAGAAUCUAAAAACUAUUUUUUUAAUUUUUUUUAAUUUUUUAUUUUAGCAAUGAACAAGCUGUGGUUUUUGUUUUAGUUGUUAUUUUUAUUUAUUUAUUUUCUGCUUUGGUGAAGAUGGGAUUAGGAGGGAUUUUGAGAACUGCCAUCAUUGGGGAUUAGAUGAGAAGUUGGAACUUAUUUCUGGACCUGGUUCGUAAAAUGAUGAGAAGGAAAACCUGAUAGAUAUAUUGGGCCGUGAGAUGUGUUUUUGACCACCCCCUAUAAGCAAGACGGUGUGAACAAAUCCAGGGGCAUCCACUUCGAAUGAGACGGACGAAAGUAACGGCAAUAAUUACGACGUGGACAUUAUUGAUUAGAGGGACGGAGAAACUGAAAGGCUUUGCGAAACUCUAUUUUAAAUGGAAUAAGUAGUCGAUUAUUACAAAGCAAAACACAAGAUUGGUUAAGUGGGCUUUUGCACCGCAUGCUCGGAGUUUGAUUAAGACCAAUGAACGACGUCCAAGUACUGGAAGACAUGAGAAUUCCAAUAUAUAGAAAUCCGGAGAUGCCGAUAGAAGUUCGGGUCAAAGAUUUGCUUCCUCGUAUGGAAUUGAAAGAGAAGAUCGGUCAGAUGACCCAAAUUGAACGCCGAGUGGCCAACCCACAAAUUCUUAGGGACUUCUGCAUUGGGGGUAUGCUAAGUUGUACUGGCAGCGGACCAUUUAAGAAGGCGUCGUCGGGUGAUUGGGCUGAAAUGGUGAACGACUUCCAAAAGGGUGCCGUUGAGUCACGGCUUGGGAUACCGCUGAUAUACGGUGUGGAUGCAGUACACGGGAACGGCAGUGUGGUUGGUGCCACUAUUUUCCCUCACAACAUUGGGCUUGGUGCCACAAGAGAUGAAAAUUUGGUACAUCGAAUUGGAAUUGCAACAGCUCAUGAAGUUAGAGCGAGUGGCAUUAACUGUACUUUUGCUCCAUGUGUGGCGGUAUGCAAAGAUCCAAGAUGGGGAAGAUCCUAUGAAAGCUACAGUGAAGAUACAGAAAUUGUAAGAAAGAUGACAUCCAUUGUUACAGGCUUGCAGGGGCAGCCACCCUCAGAAUACCCAAAGGACUACCCUUUUGUUAAGGGAAGAGACAAUGUUAUAGCGUGUGCGAAGCAUUUUGUCGGAGACGGAGGUACAAAAGGAGGUAAAAAUGAAGGGAAUGCUGAAAUAUCGGAGAGUGAAUUAACUGGGAUUCAUAUUAAGCCCUAUGUGGACUGUAUUUCUAAGGGAGUUUCAAUUAUUAUGCCUUCCUAUUCUAGCUGGAAUGGAAGAAAACUGCACGAGGAUUAUUAUCUUUUGACAGAAAUUUUGAAAAAUAAGCUUGGUUUUAUGGGUUUUGUGCUUUCCGAUUGGAAAGGAAUUGAUAGACUAAAGGAACCUCGUGGACUAGACCGCAGUUGCAUUGCUAGGGCCAUUAAUGCAGGAAUAGACAUGGUGAUGGUGCCUUAUGAGUUUGAAGAAUUUAUGAACCAUUUAACAUCUUUGGUCGAAUCGGGGGAAAUACCAGAGGCCAGGAUUGAUGACGCUGUUGAACGAAUCUUGAGAGUGAAAUUUAUUGCUGGUCUUUUUGAACAUCCUUUCACAGAUGCAUCUAAUUUGCUUCAUAAAGUUGGCUGCAAGUCGCAUAGGGAGUUAGCACGGGAAGCGGUUCGAAAAUCUUUAGUUCUGUUGAAGAAUGAAAAAAUUUCAGAUAAAUAUUUUCUUCCAUUAGAUAAAAAAGCAAAGAAAAUCCUUGUUGGUGGAACACAUGCUGAUAAUCUCAGAUAUCAAUGUGGAGGCUGGACGGUUAAAUGGCAAGGAAUACCCAAUGACACAACUAUAGAAGGCACAACAAUCUUAAAGGCUAUUAAUGAGGCAAUGGGAGAAAAUGUUGAAGUAAUUUAUGAGGAAUCACCGUCAAUAGACACUUUAUCACAACGAGAUAUAUCUUAUGCUAUUGUGGCUGUUGGUGAAGAAUCAUAUGCAGAAACUUUUGGUGACAAUGAGGAACCUAAAAUCUGCUGGAAUGGAGCUGAUAUCGUAAGCUUAGUGGCUGAAAGAAUUCCGACAUUGGUAAUUCUUAUAUCAGGAAGACCUGUGGUUUUAGAGGAACGGCUCUUGAAAAACAUAGAUGGUCUAGUGGCUGCUUGGUUGCCUGGUAGUGAAGGAGGAGGAAUAGCGGACCUUUUAUUUGGAGAUUAUGACUUCCAGGGAAAAUUACCAAUGACAUGGUUUAAAAGGGUUGACCAACUCCCAAUGGAUGCUAAUGAUAAAAAUUCAUAUGACCCUCUAUUUCCUCUUGGCUUCGGGUUAACCCUAGGCAAUAAUUUGACCGAUGGUAUACAAGCCCAAACCUUAAUAAAAUCCUCUCUGAGUCAGCCUAAUGGCGAAUUCAUUAUUUCUUUGGACAAUAAUUCCGAGUUUGAACCUGAUUUCUACCACCUCCCAUUGAGGAAAAAAAUAAAAAUAGCAUAAAGAUUUGUGUAAUCAACUAUUAAUUACCACAUUCACUUGCUAUGUGGUAAAUGUUGGGACUUGUAUCUUUUGGUGUUGAGUAAAUUUGGUCAUCAAGAUGGUAGUUUUUGUGUGACAACCAGUGUGAAUGGAUGCAGAACAUUGGUAAGCUAUUUGGUGUCAAUAUAGUGUUAAUUACUCCUAUAAUGCUAAGGCAUUUUCAAAGAUGUUAGUUUCAGGAUUCGAAGGAAUCUAAAAUUAAAUACAUUCAGGUAAGAAUAUUCCAAGGAUGGAUACCAAUGGAAGUAGGGUAUCAAAAUUAGGGAUUGCUAAUAUUAGGCGUAUAAUCUUGAUGGAAUCUGGAAGAACUACUGUCCCAUGAAAAACCAAAAUGUAAUGUGUGCAAUUACCUUAUGAAAUAAUUUUAUCCACUUUGUACUAUUUACUUAACUACAAGACAGGGUUAAUGAUAAUUUGUACUUUAAUAUCUUA